CCGGGAUGGAAACCCACAGCGUGGACCUAAGGCUGCAGAGGGAACUACACCAGCAGGCAGAAUGAGGCUCGCCCCCGCAUCUCUGCUGCUCACACUGCUGGUCAGCAGCCUCCCUCCAGCCCAUGGUCUGCUGGAGUUCCUCAACACAGACAUGAAGUGUGAAUGUGUGAGAGAGACUUCAGUCUUCAUCCCUAUACGCCUCAUUGAUCGGCUUCAAAUCGUGCCUCCUGGCAAUGGUUGCCCAAGGAAAGAAGUCAGACUUUGGCUGAAGACUAAGGUAGUUGUGUGUGUGAAACCUCAAGCCAAAUGGCUCCAGAAGCUCAUACAAUUGCUGCAGAAGAAAAACAUGUUUUCAACUCCACCAGCCCCAGUGACUAAGAAUAUCACCGAGUAACCUAAGUGUCCCCACUGAGCAUACCUGCAUUGCCCUCUGCUCUGGAUUGUAGUCUGUGUUGGGCCAAAUCUUGUUCCAGAAAGAAGACCUCCCUGUAAAAAUGAGUGUGAGGCUGUAUGUAAGAAUAACAGAAGUGGAUGGACCAAACCCAAGCUUCUUCCCACACAACACCCUCCCUCAUGCUUGAAGCUUAUAACAUCUUCAUCAGGGAGGGGAGUGUCUCUGCAAACUGUUGUUGAGUUGCCAACUGUAUCAGUUCUUUUGAUAAUGCUAUGUAUCUGUUGUUUAAUUGAAACUUUCCUGGAGGGAAUGAGCAUGUAUACCUCAAACCAAAACAUGAUCAAUGUCUUUCAAUCAUUUUAUAUUAAAAAAUGAUCAAUGUCUUUUAAUCCUUUUAUACCCAAACUCAAAAGGCUGCCUGGAAAGUGAUCCACAUGCUGGACCAUUGUGUUUAAAAACUCACUGUUGGGGUGCAUACUUGAUCUCAUGAUUAGACGCCCUCAUCCCCGUGCCUGGGUUCAUACCUAUCUCAGUCCCUGAGACCCUAUUGCUAAUAGAUACUAGGAGGUAGCAUAGCUGGCUCAAGUGAUUGGAUUCCUGCUACCCACAAAGGAGACCCAAAUUCAGUUCUUUGAUCCUGGAUUUAGCCCCAAGCCAACAGCAGCUGUUGCAGGCAUUUGAGGAACAAAUCGCUGUAUCAGAAAUGGAAGCUCUCUUUCUCUUUGU